AUGAGUGAGCGGCCGCGUUCGCUCUCAUCCAAUGGGUUCACUACCAAGUUCACUACGAAGUCGCCGUAUCUUCCGUACACCCCGCCGUCUUCCUCUUCUGGUUCCGUUACGCCGGUGAACACCCGGGUUGAGCACUUGCGCUCAAUCAUCAUCCGCCAGUCUUCGGCUCCAAACGCUGUUCCCUUAUCGCCGGAACGUCAUCAUCGCAGAAGUCACUCAGGUCCGAGGCCAUUGGUCAAAGAGACGCUGAAUGCUCAGUGCCAUCAUAGCGAACAAGGGCGUAUGCUCAACAACUACUGCAUUAAGGAGGAAAUCGGGCGUGGAAGCUUCGGAUGCGUAUACCGCUGCAUUGAGACAUUGACCGGUAAGGAAUAUGCUGUGAAGGAGUUCAGUAAGUCGAGGUUGCGCAAGAGGUCACAGUCUGCUAUUUUGCGCCGUCCCAGGCCGAGGCCGGUGAGUCUCGGUGCUGGUGUGUCAGGACGACCCGUGCUGCUCCAGAGGAAGAGUGCAAGUGAUAUUCAUCAAUUGGAGGAGCAAGGCAACCCACUCUCGUUGAUUAAGAGCGAAGUGGCCAUCAUGAAGAAGCUCAAUCACGAGAACGUCCUGAACUUGAUUGAGGUCCUCGACGAUCCUACCGGUGAUUCUUUGUACAUGAUUGUGGAGAUUGCAUCCAAGGGUGUUGUCAUGAAAGUAGGCCUGGACAACCACGCCGGGCCUAUCGAGGACGAAGCUUGUCGUCACUACUUUCGUGAUCUCAUUCUCGGGAUGGAGUAUCUCCACGCCCACAACAUCGUCCACCGUGACAUCAAACCCGAUAACCUCCUCCUCACCCACGACAACAUCCUCAAAAUCGUCGACUUUGGUGUCAGUGAAAUCUUCGAGAAGGAGAAUGGGGACAGAGUCAAAAAGAGUACCGGGAGUCCGGCAUUCAUGGCGCCUGAGAUCUGUGAUUGCGCCAAGGGUGAGAUUUCUGGGAAGGCGGCGGAUAUUUGGGCGAUGGGUGUUACUCUCUUCUGUCUCAAGUAUGGUCAUUUGCCCUUUGAGCGUACUAACUUGAUGGAUCUCUACGAGUGUAUUAAAAAUGAUGAGCCGGAGGGUAUUCCGGAGGACGAGGAUCCAGCGCUCGUUGACCUUUUCUCCUGGAUCCUGCAAAAGGAUCCUUCUACGCGCAUCACGAUGGACGAACUUCGUGAGCAUCCUUGGGUCACAUGUGACGGCCACGAUCCAUUGUUGCCGAAGGAGGAGAACGUUGCGGAACUCGUUACCCACGUCACCGCCGAAGAAGUCCAGGGUGCCAUCAAAGGCAUCCGUGGUGCGAUGACGGUCAUCAAGGCUGUGAACAAGCUCAAGAAGCUCAGUCUUCAGCGUAGGAGA